AUGUUCAGGAUACAAUUAAGAACUAUGUCAAGCAAAACAGCUAAAAACGAUUACCCAAAGGAGUUUGUAAAUUUCUUGAACAGCUCUCAUUCCCCCUACCAUGCCGUCCAUAAUAUCAAAGAACAUUUAGUGUCUAAGGGGUUUAAAGAGUUGAGCGAACGUGAAUCGUGGGCUGAUGAAGUCGCACUCAAAGGCAAGUACUUUGUAACAAGGAACAGUUCUUCUAUUAUUGCUUUUGCUGUUGGUGGGAAAUGGAAACCCGGCAACGCCAUAGCCAUCACCGGUGCUCACACUGAUUCUCCCGUAUUGAGGAUCAAACCUAUCUCCAAAAGGGUCAGUGAGAAGUAUCUGCAAGUGGGAGUGGAAUGCUAUGGUGGGGCCAUCUGGCAUUCGUGGUUUGAUAAGGAUCUGGGCGUCGCUGGUAGAGUCUUCGUAAAGGACGCCAAAACUGGCAAAUCCAUUGCCAGGUUGGUAGAUCUAAACAAACCAUUGUUAAAAAUCCCUACUUUGGCUAUCCAUUUGGAUAGAGACGUGAACCAGAAAUUUGAAUUCAACAGGGAAUCUCAAUUGCUACCAAUUGGUGGCCUACAAAAGGAUAAUACUGAAGCUUCUCCUGCAAAAGAGACCGAUGAGUCUGGCUUCUCCUCUAUUAAAACAAUAGUGGAAAGACACCAUAAAGAACUAUUGGAGUUAGUUGCCAAGGAACUGGCCAUUGAUGCAAUUGAAGAUAUCGAAGACUUCGAGUUGAUUCUUUACGAUCAUAACGCGUCCACCCUCGGUGGCUUCCACGACGAAUUUGUCUUUUCAGGGAGACUGGAUAAUUUGACUUCUUGUUUCACAUCAAUGCAUGGUUUGACGUUGGCAGCCGACACAGAAAUCGAUCAAGAAUCAGGUAUUCGGUUGAUGGCGUGCUUUGAUCAUGAGGAGAUAGGUUCGUCUUCUGCUCAAGGGGCAGAUUCCAACUUCUUGCCUAACAUCUUGGAAAGAUUGACCAUUUUGAAAGGGGACGGUUCUGAUGUAUCUAAACCAUUGCCUAACUCAUCGAUUUUGGAAACCUCUUCCAAAUCGUUCUUCCUAUCUUCUGACGUCGCUCACGCAAUUCAUCCAAAUUAUGCAAGCAAAUACGAAGGUCAACACAAACCACUAUUGGGCAGUGGUCCCGUCAUCAAGAUAAAUGCUAACCAGCGUUACAUGACCAAUUCACCUGGCCUAGUCCUGGUGAAAAGACUAGCAGACGCCGCUAAAGUUCCUCUGCAGCUGUUUGUCGUUGCAAACGACUCUCCAUGUGGUUCCACAAUCGGUCCUAUCUUAGCGUCCAAGACAGGUAUCAGGACUUUGGAUUUGGGUAAUCCCUUGUUAAGUAUGCAUUCUAUUAGAGAAACCGCUGGUUCUGCCGAUUUGGAAUACCAAAUCAAAUUAUUUAAGGAGUUCUUCGAGCGCUAUUCUUCUAUAGAAUCCGAGAUUGUUGUAUAA